AUGUGGUGUUCUCAACUAUCCUCAUGGACUCUGGGCCUAGCCCUGGUGACAGGGGCCUUGGCUUCUCCCUUUCAGAAACGAGCAGCAGGAGCUCGCCUAGCCAUUGAUUCCGACUUCCCUGAUCCUAGCUUCGUGGGAGCCCCCGACGGAACUUGGUAUGCCUUUGGCACCAAUGGAAAUGGGAAGCGUAUACAGGUCGCUACCUCGCCGGACUUUCAGACAUGGACUCUCACAGACAAGGAAGCACUGCCUACUCUUGCGGGGUGGGAGACCGAAAUUGAUCAUUGGGCUCCUGACGUAGUCCAACGGAAAGAUGGAAAGUACGUGAUGUACUACUCCGGCGAAGCCAAAGAAAUGGUCAGACACCACUGUGUCGGAGUCGCCGUCUCCGAAGGCACUGAUCCCGCCGGGCCCUACAUCCCCAACCCGGAACCUCUCUCCUGCCGCCUCGACCAAGGCGGCUCAAUUGACCCCGCCGGCUUCCUCGACAAGGACGGUAGUCGGUACGUCGUCUUUAAAGUCGACGGCAACAGCAUCGGCAACGGCGGCGACUGCAACAACGGCAUCGAGCCCUUGAAAUCGACCCCCAUCCUGAUGCAGAAAGUCAAGGAGGACGGCUUCACCCUCGACGGGGAAGCCGUGCAGAUCCUGGACCGCGACGACAGCGCUGGACCGUUGGUCGAGGCGCCCAACCUCAUCUUACACGAUGAUACCUACUUCCUUUUCUACUCCACCCACUGUUACACCGACCCCAAGUACGAUGUGCGCUAUGCGACCUCGAAAUCCAUCACGGGCCCGUACGUCAAGAACGACCACAAGCUUUUCAAAACCGGCGAUUAUGGCCUGACUUCCCCCGGGGGAGGCACGGUCUGUGGUUGCGGGGAUCGGAUCCUGUUCCAUGGGUUCUGCGGCGAGGAUAAGCGGUGCACAUAUGCUGCGGAUAUUUCGAUCGACGGGGAUCAGGUUACAGCAUUAUGA